GUUUGCUGCUUUUGAUGACCCUGAGCAGGCAAGUGAGCAAUCUAGGAAUGAGGAGUUGGGUCCGCUGAAUCUCAAUGCAUUUGAUCUUAUAAUUCUCUCACAAGGACUGAAUCUUUCAGCAUUAUUUGACCGAAGGCAGGAUCAUGGCACCAAAGGAACAGCCACAUGAUGAUGCAUGGGUUCAUGCCCGAAAGCUAGAUGGAAACCGUCAUCAUUGGCAAUGUAUUUAUUGUGACUACAUUGGCAAAGGUGGAGGAAUAACUCGAGUGAAAAUGCAUUUGGCUGGUGGGUAUCCUGAUGUUGCAAAAUGCAAGAAAGUUCCAACGGAGAUCCGUAAAUUAUUUCAAAGCAAGCUUAAACAAACAAAGGAAGAUACAUUAAAAAAGAAGGCAAGAGUUGAGGAAGAAUAUCAUAGGGCUACACAGGAACCGGUUUAUGAUCAGUAUGAGGGUUGCGGCGAUGAAGUCGACCCGGAUCUCACAGCUGGGAUUCGUGCAUCAUUGGAGCAUCAGUAUACGGUCGAUGAAGCAAUGAGGCAUCGACGACCUGACUCACAAUUUGAGCAUGGCACUGGUAGUGGAAUCCAGAGGUCAACCAGCAUGAGGCAACCAACUGCUCCUUCUCAGCUAGGCCGAACUAGUAGCAUGAGAUAUGGUGGACUCCGUGGUUUUAUGAGAGGUCUUGGCAGGAGGUCCGCACCAGAUAUUGUUGAUAUUGAUCCGCAAGCCUAUCCCCCACAAACAGCGAAACAGACACGGAUUGACGAUGCAUACACAAAAGAAAAAAAACGGGAUAUUGGGAAGGCAAUUUCAAAAUGGUUUAACUUUCAUAGGAUUCCAGCCAACACAGCCAAAGGUCCAUAUUAUCAGAGCAUGAUCUCCUCUAUUCAAAAGUCUGGCACGGGGAUCCAACCUCCAACACCAAAGGAGAUUCACGGCGUGUACUUAGAAGAGGAGGUGGCAGAAAUAAAGGAUUGGAUCAAAUCCUUCAAGAGGCAAUGGGAAGAAUAUGGGGUGACAUUGAUGUGUGACAGUUGGACAGGACCAACAAGAAUGAGUAUCAUCAACUUUCUUGUUUAUUGCAAUAGAAGAGUGGUGUUUCAUAAGUCCGUUAAUGCUUCUGAAAAGAUCCAAGAUGCAAACUACAUUGAGAGCUUGAUGGACACUAUGGUAGAGGAGAUUGGACCACAGUAUGUUGUACAAAUAAUAACCGACAAUGGAGCGAAUUUCAAAAAGGCCGGUUUGCAAUUGAUGGAAAAAAGAAAAACUUUGUUUUGGACUCCAUGUGCAGCUCAUUGCAUAGAUCUAAUGUUGAAGGAUAUUGGUGAGUUGGAUGCGGUCAAAAAAUGUGUAGCUCGAGCACAAUCAAUUACAAAAUUUAUAUAUAAUCAUCAUUGGGUCCACGCAUUAAUGCAAAAGUAUGUAAAUGGUGAGGUACUUCGACCUGGAAUAACUCGGUUUGCUACCAAUUUUAUUGCAUUAAAAUCAUUACAGCAAAAAAGGCAAGGCUUGAAGGCAAUGGCUAGCUCACAAGAGUGGUCUGAAUCCAGAUAUUCAAAAUUGAGUGAUGGAAAGAAGAUAGAAAAGGUCAUUCUUUCCUCUAGAUUUUGGGAUAGUAUAGCAGAAAUCAUAAAAGGUGUGGAACCACUUUAUAUUGUCCUCCGUAAGGUCGAUAUGGACAAGCGUCCACAAAUGCCGUAUCUUAAAUAUAUGUUGAUUUCAGCAAGAGAGGAGGUCAGGAAAGCAUUCAAAGAUGAUUUUAAGGCCGACCAAUACGUACGAAUCAUUGAUCGUCGGACCGAUGUUCAUAUGGAUCAAGAUAUCCAUAAUGCAGCGUAUUAUCUAAACCCAGCAAUUCAAUAUCGAUAUGCUCUCGGAACGCAAAAUAAUUUCCUAACGACACUACGAAAUGUUAUAUAUCGGCUCUUGCCAAACACUACCGAGGCAACCGAUGCUCUUAUGGAGGGUCGAUUAUUUCGAGAAACAAUUGGUUCAUUCUCCGACGUUGUAGCUGUAUCGUGCCGUUACACUAUGGAUCCUGUCGAGUGGUGGCUACAAUUUGGAGGCGAUGCACCACAUUUAAGGAAGGUUGCCGUUCGUAUACUUUCACAGACAACAACAUCUAGUGGUUGCGAACGUAAUUGGUCAACGUUUGCAUUGAUUCAUACGAAGGUCCGCAACAGACUCUCCUACAGACGGUUAGAGAAACUAGUAUUUGUCCAUUAUAACAUGCGGCUAAAAUUGCGAUGUGCUGAGUUGGAUAAGGAGCCAGAGGAACCAGAUAUUGAUCCCAUUGACCUCCAAUUCUACAACGAAGAUUCAGAGCCAAUGUUAGAUUGGGUUGAAGCAGCAGAGAACCAAGAGGAUCCUCUACUUGAUGAGGCGGGAGAUCCUCAGCGUCCUUCGCGUUUUAUCACCGAGGCAAUAGAAGAAGAAGAAGAAGCACAACCCCAACAGGUGGAAAAUCCCCCUCGAUUACAACAUGGUAUGAGUCAAACUACUCGAGGAAAGGCACACUCGUCUGCCCAACGUGCAAAGGCAAAGGGGAAGGCAGUAGCAUCAGUUGCAUCGUUGGAAAGAAUCGAGUCGGGCGACGAGACACCUUCACAAUCACAUUCUCUUUCUCGCUCGGUCCAGAGACAUGACAGCAACACGGACAGCAGUGCCUCGACAGAUGAUGGCGGUGAUGCCGGGCAGUCGUUGGUCUCGUCUACACAACUUGAGGGUGGUGAAUGGACCGAGGAGCAAUAUUUUACACAUGCCACUCAAGAUUCAGAUCAUGGAACUCGACAAGGUACUGGUCAAGUUUAUGCGCGAAAGGGGAAGGGGAAGGCAGUGGAUGAAUAUGAACAAAUGCGACAGAGUAUACAUGAUAUUGACACAGAAAGAGACUCAUCGUAUUCACAGCAAUCGUAUUAUGGAGAAUCAUAUGGGCAACAACAGUAUGGUGAUAGUUGGACAUCCUUCUCUGAGCAACAGCAUGAUACAGAACAACAUCAAUAUAUGCCUCAAGAGCUGCCUCGGACAAAUAUGAUUCAUGACGAUCAAUCUACGAUCAGCACCACAUUGAUGCAUCAAUGGCAUACGGUGUAUCAAUACACUAUGUCAUGGGAUCAAUUUCAUGAUUGGGUCCAACAAACGUAUCAUAUUGAUAUGUAUCGGAUCGAGGACCCUGAUCCACCACCCGUGGAGGCCCGUCGUUCGUUUUGGUGGUAGAAUUAACAAUCAGAUAUUUCAAUCUAUAACGAGCUGAAAUACGAACCUCGAACAAGACUACCUCAAAGCCCGAAAAAGAUAUGUGAUGCUAUUCUUACCUAAUUUACAUUGAUUUUGCUAAACUUAUACUAUUACUAUAUUUAUUUGUAACUUGAAAACCCUAUCCUAACUUUUUUUUUAAUUUUCAGGUAUUUUCGGAGGGGUAAAUCGGUGAAAUCGGGUGUACCGCUCGGUACACCUCGGUAUACCGGUCGGUACACCCGUACCGUACCGUACCGAGCGCGGGUCGAAACGCCGGUACGGUACGGUACGGCGAACCUUGGUAGAAGCCCAGGUUAAUUUGAGAACAAAAUGCCCACUAUUCUUUGUUCUUGCUAUAGUCCUUGGACAUGAAUUUCAUGUCACAAGCGAAGUGCCAAACACAUUGGGUUGUCUUACCUAACCAGUUGAUAUGAGAAAACCAUACAAGGAGAGGAAAUGAGUUAAAAAAAGGUAGAUAAAAGAGAUAGGAGGUAUUCAGAUGGUUCUUAGAGGAUAUUGACAAGCUUAGAGUUUCUUUGGGAUCUGACUGACAACUUUUCACAUCUUCUAAUAGGUGUUAUGUGCAUGCUAUAGAAUAUUAGGCUUUUUGCAUUGUAUCUCUGAUUGCAGAUAUUCCAAGAUGCUUGACUUCCAAGGAUAGAUGCAUAUGAUUGCAGAUCUAGGGCUCUAUUUAUCAACUGUUUGCACUCGAUUCCCUCUUCUGCUCCUGAUAUUUGCUGUUCUUAAAUUAACAGUUAUAUCUGCAAUUUGAUUUCUUCAUAUAUUUGUCAUGUUCCUUGCAACUCAAAGGCCAUUGUCCUUCUGUGCAAUGUAGCAAUUGAUCAUACAUCAUCAUCUUUGAGUUCUUGAUUUUCUUGCUGCUAACAAUUGAUGAUACCAUCUUUAAGAAACCAUAUACAUAAUGACAUUUAGUUUUUCUCAUAAUAGCAUUCCCCUAUGCGACUUGAAUUAUGAAUCUUUU